GUCCACCCUCCAGGUUUUAGCCUCAAGCACCUCACAAAUGAUGCAACACAAGCAAGAACAUUUCCUUGUACUGGAUCAAAACUACUUAUCUAUCUGGGCUCUUCAACCCUGCUGUGGAAACAAGGGCAGAGAGCUGCACACAUCUUUUCUCAAGCAUCUGUGCCCCUUCUUCCAUCAGAAUCAUUCAGAAUGUUUCUCAGGAGUUUGCUUUUCAUGAUUAUACUCAUUUCUCAGAUUAAAGAAAAGGUAAUCAUUGGAGUCGAAGGUCAAGAAGUGGUUUAUCCUAAAAAGCUUCCUCUGAUGCAGAAGCGAGAAGUUUGGCACAUUCAUGAUUAUGACAUACAGGAAACUUAUGAAGAAGAAUUGCUGUAUGAACUAAGACUCACUAGAAAAACUUUAAUACUUCACCUUUUAAGGUCAAGGGAGUUCCUAGGCUUAAAUUACAGUGAAACUUACUACUCCACAAAAGGAGAGAUGAUCACCAGCUAUCCUUCCACCACGGAUCACUGUUUUUACCAAGGAUCCAUCAUACAUGAAUUUGAUUCUGCUGCCAGUAUCAGCACAUGUAAUGGUCUGAGGGGAUUCUUCAGGGUAUAUGACCAAAGGUACCUCAUUGAACCAGUGAAAUAUUCAGAUGAGGGACAACAUUUGGUGUUCAGAUAUAAUCCAAAGAUGCAGUAUGCUGCCAAUUAUUCUUGUACAGAACUCAAUUUUACAAGGAAAAAUGAUCCAAAGGAUGAUAUUAAAAUCAUGGAAGACCUCAAAAUAGAAAGGAUUCAUAAAGAAAAGUAUGUUGAACUGUUCAUUGUCGCUGAUAAUAACGUGUAUCGCAGGAAUAGUUCUCCUCUCAGUAAGCUGAGGAACAGAAUUUGGGGAAUGGUCAAUUUUGUCAACAUGAUUUAUAAAAUUUUGGACAUUCAUGUGACAUUGGUUGGACUUGAAAUAUGGACAAAUGAAGAUAAAGUACACAUAGAUUCAAAUAUAGAAAACACCUUAUUGCGUUUUUCAACUUGGCAAGAAAUAAUCCUUAAAAAAAGGAAUAACUUUGAUCAUGUUCUAUUACUCAGUGGGAAGUGGCUCUACACACAUGCACAAGGAACUUCUUUUUCAGAGGGCAUAUGUCUGCCCUAUUACUCCUCCAGUGUUGUUAAGGAUCUUUUGCCUGACCUAAAUGUAGUUGCAAGCAGAAUUGCACAUCAGCUGGGGCAUAACUUUGGGAUGAAGCAUGAUGAUUACCCAUGUACCUGUAAUUUUGAGAGAUGUGUGAUGGAUCGUGGUGGAAGCAUUCCUGCAAUAAAAUUUAGUAAAUGCAACAGAAUUCAGUACCUGCAACACCUGAAGAAUUAUAAUCCCACAUGCAUGUUCAAUAUUCCAUUUUCUGAUAAGUUAAGUGAUUACCCAUAUUGUGGAAACAAGAAGUUGGAUGAAGGAGAAGAGUGUGAUUGUGGCUCCAUUCAGGAGUGUACCAAUCCUUGCUGUGAUGCAAACAAAUGUGUGUUGAAGCCAGGAUUUACUUGUGCAGAAGGAGAAUGCUGUGAAUCUUGUCAGAUGAAAAAAUCAGGGUCCAUAUGCAGACCAGCAAAAGAUGAAUGUGAUUUUCCUGAAGUGUGUACUGGUCACUCUACUGCAUGUCCUCAGGACAAAUUCCAAGUAAAUGGAUUUCCUUGCAAGAAUGCAAAAGGCUACUGCUUCAUGGGGAAAUGUCCCACCCGGGAUGAUCAGUGCUCUGAAUUCUUUGAUAAUGAGGUGAAAGACAGUUCUGAUCUCUGCUAUGAGAUGAAUAAAAAAGGAAAUAGAUUUGGAUACUGCAAAAACAAGGAAAACAGCUUAAUUCCCUGUGAAGAGAAAGAUGUCAAAUGUGGAAAGAUACACUGCAGUAGAGGGCAGCAUUCAUCACUACUUGGGAAAGAAAAGAUCAAUCACCUUAAGAAGAUUUCAAAGCAGAAUGUCACUGCAGAGUGCAAAACUUUUAUUUUAUACCACAAUUCUAAAGAUUUGGGCCUGGUUGCUCCUGGAACAAAAUGUGGAGAUGGAAUGGUGUGCAGCAAUGGUGAAUGUAUGAAACUUGAAAAGGUCUACAAUUCAACCAAUUGCUCUUCUCAAUGCAAUGAAAAUGCUGUGGAUGGCCAUGACCUUCAGUGCCAGUGUAAGGAAGAACAGGAACAUGUGGACUGGGAAGAAAACUUAAAUGUUACCAAUAUAUCCAUCCUGGCUGUUAUGCUUGUCCUGGUUAUUUUUGGUGUUGGGGUUGUCAUAUUAUUAAUUCAUUACCAAAAAUGCAUUAAGCUGAAGCAAAUUCAAAGCCCACCUACAGACUCACUGGGAGUGGAGAAUAAAGGAUACUUUGGUGAUGACCAGCAGACAAGGACUGAGCCAAUUUUACCUAAUAUUCAUCCCCUCCAUCAAAGAACUGCAGAGUCCUUGGAGAGGCUUCCCACCAGUUUUUCAAGUCCACACUACAUCACACUGAAACCUGCAAAUAAAGAUCCAAGAGGAAUUGCCGAUCCCAAUCAAAGUUCCAAAAUGAACUUGAAAUUGGAUAUCCAAAAUGGCUGUGCAAGGCUAGGUUGAGGAUUCUGGCGGAAAGAUCUUCACAACCUUCCCUAGAUAUUUGCUACACAAGCUUCUGGCAGUUUUUCAAAAUUUCUUUAUCCGGACAGAAAAUGUUGACGAGAAACAGAUUCUUUCUGUAAUUAUUUACCUACAGAAUUUACAACCUGUAUUGUAGACAUAUAGUACAAAAAAAUUCGUACAGAAUUUACAACCUGUAUUGUAGACAUAUAGUACAAAAAAAUUCGUACCUUUUCAAUGCUUUUUAGCCUAAAACAAAAAUAGCCUCUUUGCUUUAGUGUUUUCCUUUAAAAUGUCAAUCUAGUUGCUUUAAAAAGACUCAAAACCUUGAGGAUAUUAAAUUACACCCCUGAGUCGAAGAAGCAAAACAUUGGGAGCAUAAAACUACUUAACUUAAUUGGAAUCUGACACGAUUACCACUAAUUCUGGUUUAAAAGAAAUUGUCUCCUGCAGAAAUGCCAAGAAAUUCAGUGCAGGAAGUCAUCUGAUUCCACUAAAUAAUUAAAAGGUAGAUAGCUGUAUGGCUUAUGUCCUAUCAGCAAAGGAGGCAGAAGAAUAGUCAUCUUAACUACAGAGUAGUUCGUAAAAUUGUGAUGGCAGCAAAGGAGGACUUGAAGUGCUCCUGGUUAAAUUCCCUAGAAUCUAAUUCUAAACUGCUAAAUUUUUAGAAUUCCUUGUAAAGCUGACAGAAGUCAGGGGGUUAUAAGAAUUUCAGAAAAUUAGUUUCAGCAGAGAAGAACUACAACCCCCAUGAGGUGCUUAUGAGAUCUUUAUAAUACAGAGAUUCAAGAACUUACUGUGUAAUUUUUGUGCCAUCUCUACUCCUUCCUGAUGAUGCUGUGUGGGGCUGUUCCAAGAAUGAUUUCAGCUGUUUCUUAUGCCAAUGUUUCCCACCAUCUUCUCUUAUAGCUUCUGUUAAAGCUAUAUGCAAUUGUUUCAUUCACUAAAAUGAAUUUUUCAACUGUGAAAUGAGAAUUUUCUGAUUCAAUAAAUAAAGGCUGCAAAUCAAGGAAGAAA